UGUUAUUAGAGUUGCUUCCCUUCUCAUUCAAUCAUUAAUGGGAAGAUUAGCCUAAAUAACCUGAAGCCUAAAAGUGAAAGAAGAGUUGGAAAAUGGACAGUCGGACAGAUUAAGAAUAGUCAUGUCUAAUUCAUCGUCAGCCCUGGUUUGGGUUGAUAAUUACCGAGGAGCAUUCUACCCUGUUGACUUGACAGCCGAACCCGCUCCGAUAUAUACUAAAUAUAAUAAACAAUCGGUGAAAUCGUUGGUAAAUAUUUGCUGUAGCUAUAUUGUGAAAGAUUCGACUAUGACGUUAGAAGCGAUUCAAGUCGUGCCACAAGGCCUAUGUAUACCUCUGAUGGUAGAAGCGCUGUUUAACAACAAAGACAGAGCUAUCGAAGUACUUUUAGCUCAUUGGCCAAUGGAAAGUUUUUCAUUAAAACUAUUAGCACCUAAUUUAUUUGUGUCGUUGUUGCCGUUAUAUAAUGAUGCGUAUUUAUCUGAUAUCGUACGGCGUGGAAUGAGUUAUACAACGACACUCGUCCAUCGUUUCAUUCAGUGUCUUAAAAAUCGUCUACCAACGAAACUGAAAUAUUUAGAUAUGACUGGAUACCCAACAGCGGAGAUUGUGUUGUAUUAUUUAGCAACUCAUUGUUUGUUAGCGUUUAAUGAAAAUCGUCAGCAGAAACUAGUAGAACAAUACAACGAUACCGUGAGUUACGCUGCUAGUAGAGAAGAUAUGACCAGUGAUUAUCCUUCAUUAGAAGCCGUAGAAUCGUUACUUCCAGACGGAUGUUUAGUUGUAAAACUGGAUGCUUUUGUUUCGUCUGAAUCCACAUUUUGUGAGCUGUGUAAAGCGUUGAAAGUAUCCACAUUUCCCGGCAGUAAAAUUCGACUGUGUUUACAAAGACUUGGUGCUACUCAACUUGGUGCUGCAGCGGUUAAUCUGAUUCUAACACAGAUUAGUGGUGAGCAUCUGACAGCUCUGCAACUCCGUUACAAUUCUUUGACCUGUGAUGAUCUUGUUACCUUGAUUCCUGCCAUUAAGAAGCUGAGAAAUUUAACGUCAUUAGAUUUAGCGUGCAAUAAUAUCAACUUUUCUUCAAAUUUUACGCCGACACAAAAGAUAUCAGAACUCUUAAAUUGCCUUCCGAGGUUAAUUCGUUUGGAUUUGAGUAACAAUCGUGUGAAAUGUCUUCUACGUCGAAUCCUGUGCGACAUGUCACAGUCACUGAAAUAUUUACGACUAGCUGCUUGUGGUCUACGAUUGAAUGAUUUGGCGUAUUUAUCAUUGUCCCAUCAUGCAUCAGGAUUACAGGAAGUGGAUUUGAGUUCAAAUGGGUUGAGCACAGCGACUGAUAUUUUAUGUUCCUUCUUCACGGCAGUAAAGUCAUCGUUGAUGGUCUUAGAACUGGAAGACUGUGGCUUAACAAAUGACCAACUGCAACGCUUCCAGACAUACAUUUCCAAGAUGGAGAAACUCAUGUAUUUAAAUCUCGCUCAAAAUACUCUAAGUUUUCAGGUAUUACAGGAUUUUACGAAAUAUAUGGCAUCCAAUCCCUCCAUAAAAUGUUUGCGGAUUUCAUAUCCACAGGAAUGUUAUUCCGACGCUGAAUUCAGUCUGGAUAAUUUGAAAGUAGACACUGUUAACAAGUUACAGGAGAUUAUUAACGAUGUGUGUAAGUUACACCCACGUGAUAAACCGCUACAACUCAUCUUUGUAGAAUUAACGGACGUCGAAAUGGAACAAACAUAGUACGAAAUAUAAUCUUAAAUAAUCUAUUUUUUAUUUAAAGUGACAUAUUAUAUAUUUUCUAUUUAUUGUGAUUUAAAUCUGGUUAUUUCCCAGCG